AUGAAUUAUUUGUAUUCUCAGCAUGAUGGAUAUGGAUUGGAACUUAACUGUAAUCCACUUGGAGUAAAUGUACUAUGGAGUGAUGGAAGUUUGAGUUGGUAUUCAUCAGAUUUAAAACAACAAAAAAAUUAUCAAGUAAAUGGUCAAAGAAGUUGUAAUUCAAAUGACCCAAAUGUUGCUUUUACAAUAAGUGAUACUGGUGUUAUUUGUAGUGUUGAUUGUCGUCAAGACAAACCAAACAUAUUAACAAAACCAUCAAAUCAUCUCACAGAAACAGCAAUAGCAUCUUUUGAUAUUGGACUUGCUGUAUCUUUUAAAACACAUAUUAAAUGUUUUGAUAUUAGAAAUAUGAAAGUUGUUUGUACUAUAAAUGAAGCUCAUUGUGAUGAUAUUGUUGAUGUUGCAUUUUGGAGAGGAUUAUUAGUAUCUGCUUCUCAAGACAAUUUAUGUUGUGUAAUUGAUUAUACUCAAGGAAAUAAUGGAAUUCUUGAAACAAUAAAUGUUGGUAAACCUCUUGGGUUGUUGGGUGUUGCUUCAAAUAAGUAUCUUACUAUUGUCUCUGACGAUAAUGCUUUUGUUAUCUACAAUGGAGAAACAUCAACACUAGAAUGUCAAAUAGAUGAUUUGAGAACAAUCACAUCAAUUGGAGAUGAAACUCCUUCAACUAUUCUUAAAGGUUGUGUGAUUGAUAAUAAAAUAGGAACUGCAACUUCAUUUGACUCAGGUAAAUUAGUGCUAUCAACUUGGCUAGGAACAAAUAGUUUUCUAUCAAGGUCUGAAGCCCAUUACCACUCUGCAUUGGUUAGAGAUUAUGAAGUUAUUAACGAUAUUGUAUAUUCAACUGGUGAAGAUGGAAAAAUAUUUGUUUAUAAUAUUAAUACUACUCCUCGACAACAAGGUCAAACUCCUUAUCAAUCAAAAGUAACAAGCAGUCUUAGAGAACGAGGGGAAAGACGAACUAAUAGAAUGUCAGAAGAUUAA